UUAGAAAUUGUGACACAACGCCAAUGAUUCACAGGAAGUAUUAAGUGCUUAUUCAUCGCAGAACAUUUUAGUCGUUAAAGUUGCCUAAGACUAAGACUUGCCUAUCAAGAUUCUUAUUCGUAAUUUGUUUUAGCCACGAUGGAACACAAAGAUACAAAUGCCAGUGCCCAGCUAACUCAAGUGUGUGAAUCUUUAGAUGAACUUACUUUGAAACAAGUGGAUUUAGUGGAUGAACAAUUGGUUUUGAUGUCGAAACUAAGUAGCCUUUUGACUGGCGGUUUCAUUGAUAUGGCAAAAAGUCGCUACAUCAGUGGAGAGAGAACAGUUUCUACUACACAAAUUCCAGGAGAAGACAGUAUUAUUGAAGCUGUAACGACAGUCGAUCGUGACAACAUGAACAAGCUAACAGUUUCAAGAAACAAAGAAGUGAAUGACCCAAUCAAAUGGUUUGGUGUGUUGGUGCCCACCUCUUUGAAGCAAAGUCAGCAUGCAUUCCAAAAAGUUGUAGAUGUUGCUGUAGAAAUUGUCAACAUUCGUAGAGAAUGGCUGCAGUCAUUUGACACUUUGGAGGAGGAGUACCAAAAACUUUCUAGUUUAAAGAAUUCCACAUGAAUGACUACCCAUUUAUGAUUGUAGAAACAUGUCAUACACCUAUACCUAAAUCUAAAAUGUAUGUCCAUUGGCAGAUUC